CAGCAGGGUUUCAGUGGUAUAAUAAUAAUAAAAUAUAUUAUGGUAGUGUUUUCAAUAAUCCCCACCAAUUAAUCCCCAAUUCUUAAAUGAUUUUCUUCCCAUAGCCACAUUCCCCGCCGACUCUCUAACGGGCUACUCUCCUUCUCUGUGUCUCUUGCAUAAUAUAAACACAAACCCAAACUCAACUCUCCCACUCACAAAUCAAAUCUCAUGGUUGACAUGGACGACCCUGAAUCUGCUCCUCCUCCGCUGCCGCCGCCGCCACCGGCGCCCACCAGGCCGUCGUCGUUCGUCACGGGGCUCAACUCCGCCGUUGCCGCUUCCCCUGUCGGCAAGCGCUUCAAACUCGACGCCCGCAACACCACCUUCACUACCGAGCUCAGAGCAGGCACCGCCACCUUCCUCACCAUGGCCUACAUCCUCGCCGUCAACGCCUCCAUCCUCACCGACAGCGGCGGCACGUGCUCGGUCUCCGACUGCCUCCCUCUCUGCUCCGACCCGGCAGUGCCUCUCCCCAAUUGCUCCGGCGGAUCCCCUCCCUUGCGGCUCGUCCAGCCCGACGACUCCUGCAAAUUCGACCCGGUUAACCCGGGAUACUCCGCUUGCCUGGAUCGAAUCAGGAAAGACCUAAUUGUCGCCACCGUCGCAUCCUCCCUCAUCGGCUGCGUUAUAAUGGGGGCUUUCGCGAAUCUCCCCCUCGCCCUCGCCCCGGGAAUGGGCUCAAACGCCUACUUCGCUUAUACCGUGGUUGGAUUCCACGGAUCCGGCAACGUCUCUUACCAGAGCGCAUUGGCCGCCGUCUUCAUCGAGGGUUUGAUUUUUCUCGCCAUUUCGGCCGUCGGAUUGAGGGCCAGAAUCGCCAAAUUGGUGCCCAAACCCGUUCGAAUCAGCUCCUCCGCCGGAAUCGGACUGUUCCUCGCCUUCAUCGGGUUGCAGAGCAAUCAGGGGAUCGGGUUAGUUGGGUACAGCUCAUCCACUCUGGUCACACUGGGAGCCUGCCCCAAAUCCUCCCGGGCGUCGCUGGCCCCGGUGAUUGCGAUGGCGAACGGGACCGUGAGCCUGAUCCCCGGCGGGACCGUCUCCGGGGACAUCCUCUGCCUCCGCGGCCGUAUGGAGAGCCCGACAUUCUGGCUGGGAAUCGUCGGGUUCAUCAUAAUUGCUUACUGCCUGGUGAAGAACAUAAAAGGGGCGAUGAUUUACGGAAUCGUCUUCGUCACCGCCGUCUCCUGGUUCCGGCACACGAAGGUCACAGCGUUUCCCGACGAUUCCGCCGGAGACGCCGCGUUCGAGUACUUCAGGAAAGUAGUGGACGUCCACGCAAUCAAGUCCACCGCCGGGGCGCUGAGCUUCAAGGGCAUCGGGUCGGGUCAGUUCUGGGAAGCAUUGAUUACGUUCCUGUACGUCGACGUUUUGGACACGACGGGGACGCUUUACUCGAUGGCCCGUUUCGCGGGUUUCGCGGAUGAGAACGGGGAUUUCGAGGGGCAGUACUUCGCGUUCAUGUCCGACGCCACGUCGAUCGUUGUGGGAUCGCUUCUGGGCACGUCACCGGUAACGGCGUUCAUCGAGUCGUCAACGGGGAUUCGGGAGGGAGGACGGACGGGGAUAACGGCGCUGACGGUAGGGGGAUACUUCUUCCUGGCGUUCUUCUUCACGCCGUUGCUGGCGUCGAUCCCGGCUUGGGCGGUGGGACCGCCGCUGAUCCUGGUCGGGGUUCUGAUGAUGAGAUCGGUGGUGGAGAUUGAGUGGGACGACAUGAGGCAGGCGAUUCCGGCGUUCGUGACGCUGAUUCUGAUGCCGUUGACCUACUCCAUCGCCUACGGAUUGAUCGGCGGGAUUGGGACGUACGUGGUGUUGAACGCACUGGAUUGGGGGGAGGAGGGUUUGGCCAAGCUGGGUGUUUUGAAGCGGAGGGAUGGCGGCGGCGGCGGUGGUUUCGUUGGGUCCCGUGGGGAAGGUACAAGGAGGGACGGAAAUGUGAAAGCAGCAGGUGAAGAUGGCGUUUAGGAAUUGAAUUUUGGGGGGUGUGGAAUGGAUAAUUAUAAACGUCUCUUUUCAUGUGUUCUUUUCCUCUUUCUUUUCUCUCCUUUUUGAUUAUUAAUUAAUUUCCUUUUCGGGUUUCGGAUGUUUCUAGGAUUACUUAAUCCCAUUGAGAAAUUUUGUAUCUAUAAUUGUAGGGAUUGGGUGGGAUAUUUCCUUUUUCAAGUUUGCUUGAGUAAAGAAAUAGAUAGGACAGAGGAAAGAGCAUUAACGUCCGGUUUAGGUGGAGUGCAUAACGAAGGGUUACCCGUUUAUACAUUAAUUAAAUCUCAUCUUUUAA